UGACGCCAAAAUCUCGCGAUACUUCACAGGGAGGGGCGUGACAGAUUCCACGAGAGGAGAGAGAGAUAGAGAAAGUGGGAUAGAGGGGCGCUGUGUUAUAUUGCAAAGCCUUUGCAAAGAUGGGGGACGACAAGCCUUUUGUGUGCAAUGCUCCUGGCUGUGGGCAGAGGUUUACUAAUGAGGACCACCUGGCUGUCCAUAAACACAAACAUGAAAUGACGCUGAAGUUUGGACCCGCUAGAACUGACUCAGUCAUCAUUGCAGACCAGACGCCGACUCCCACUCGUUUCCUGAAAAACUGUGAAGAGGUGGGCCUGUUCAAUGAGCUGGCCAGCUCGUUCGAGCAGGAGUUCCCUAAGGCCCAGGAAGAUGAGGACAAGAGGGCCAAGAACCCGUUGCCUGCUCCUAAUUCAGGAGCACUUGACAUGAGUUUGCAGACGCCUUCAGACAUUAAGGUGAAGGAGGAGGACCCCGUGGAGGUGGACUCUUCUCCGCCUGCCAGCCCUGACUCCAUCUCCAGCAUGUCAGACAGCAGCAAAGAGCCCGUCAGCAGAGGAAAGGAUUCUCCUCCAAAGCCUGCCGUCAGUUUGGCUCCCACCCCUGCCAUAGUGCGUCCUGGCUAUCUCCCACUGCACCUGGGUUAUGACGGCCUGCAGCCCACCAUGCCCUCCCCUACCUCUGUCAUCACACACACCCCACCAUCCAACCGCACACUGGGAUCUCCCACAGUGCCGUACCCAAUGAUGAUGCUUCCCAAUGGUCAAACAUUUCCUGUGCUUCCAGGUCCUAUGCAGAUGCCCUCUGUAAUAUCUCUGGUGAGGCCCUUGUGUAUGGUGCCCAACAUUCCAGGAAUUCCCGGCCCUCCACUAGGGGGCAGCAGCAGCGGCUCAUCUUCACCCUCAGGCUAUAACCCCCACAAUGAGGCAAAGAUGAGGUUGAAGGCAGCAUUAUCUCAGCAGAUGCCCACAGCUCAGGGUUGCCUUGGUGUGGCGAUGGGGUCCAGUGCGAUGGUCCCUCAGAGAGUGGAGCAAAGCCAGCUGCUGGUCCAGCAUCCAGACGCCCCAUCCCCUGCUCAGCCACAGGUGUCACCCGCUCAGCCCACCGGAGGUCGCAGGCGGAGGACGACUGAUGACGACCCUGAUGAGAGGAGGCAGCGCUUCCUGGAGCGGAACCGGGCAGCAGCUUCUCGUUGCAGACAGAAACGCAAGAUAUGGGUUGGCUCUCUGGAGAAGAAGGCCGAAGAACUCACCUCCAUCAACGUCUCGCUGUCGAACGAGGUGUCUCAUCUGCGAAACGAAGUUACUCAUCUGAAGCAGUUGCUGUUAGCCCACAAAGACUGUCCCGUCACCAACCUUCAAAAGAAAGCCAUCUACUUGGGAGAGGAGCACUUGAAAGAGACGUCUGAGCCCACGGGCUCCCCGGCACCGGUCAUUCAGCACAGCUCUCUGGCCCCCAGCCCCUCGUCCGUGGUAGGCCCCAAUGGCCUGAACUCCCGCGCCGCGGCCGAGGCGGUGGCCAUGUCAGUGCUGGCGGGGAUGGGCAGCCAGCGAGGGGAGAGCGGUGGGCCAUUGCACGUCAUCAUGGCCACACAGUCCCACCCAUCCAACAGAUGAUGAGAGCAGGUAACAGUCUGCCUGGGACUCUCCGCAUCCCGGGAGAGAGGGGCAGAUCUGCGAGAGGAGAAUGCUGGUUCCCUCUCACUCCAUCACGCUCUGACCUGGAGCUCAGCUGCAUUCUGGGAAUGAAACUGGGACUAUGUACACGUAUUGAGAGAGACCGAAGGAGAUUGUCAUUCACUAUGCCAUAGACUAAGGGGGCUGGACUCCAAACCAUGCUCUCAUUUGCAUUCUCUGUAACUCCUGCUACUUCCUUCAACUUCCUCCUGCUCCUCCACUGGCUAUAGGGCUGCAAAGCACUUCCUGUCAUUAAACGUAUUCCCACAGACACACGCUGCAAUAAAGACAUUGUUUGUUUGAACCGUGACUGUGCACUCGGUGUAUGUCACACAUGCAGGCAACAUGUUGCAACUCAGAGUUGCAACGAUGCAAUACUUUAUAUAUUCUUAUAUA